GAGUGAAACCAGUAAGCUCUCCUCUCUCUCUCUCUCUGCCUCUUUCUUCUGGUUUUGAUUCAUCUCUGGUCGAUUAGCAUAAGAGAAAUUCAAAUUCCAAAAGAGACGCAAGGAAAGGAAGAGUCUUUUCUUGUUUUAAAGUGUAGCUCUGAUCUCAAGUUGAGUAAGAAUGCUGAGUUUCUUGUUUGAUGAUACUUUUGUCAUCGAGAAGCUGGACCCGGAUGGUAAAAAGUUUGACAAAGUUUCUCGAAUUGUAGCACGGAGUGAGAAGCAUGGUGCUGUGCUGCACCUAGAUGUGAAUACAGAGGUAUACCCUAUGCAUGAGAAGGAGAAGUUCUUGAUGGUGCUGUCUCCUACGCUUAACUACAGUGGAGCACCUGUUACGAACCAGGCACAGGUUGAACAGAAGUCUCUUGCAGACAAGUUUGAAUAUAUCAUGCAUGGUUUGCUGUAUAAAAUGGAUCACAUGAGAUCAGAACCUUCAGAUGGAGGCUCAAAGUCGCCACCCGUAGUGGAGGUAUUUGUUUCUUUUGGUGGGCUACAGAUGAGGCUGAGAGCUGAUCCCACCAGCUGUGCAAAGUUUAAGGUUGACCAGAACAUGUUUUUGCUUAUCAGGAAAUUGAUGUAGAAUUGAAUGGUAGCUUGUUAAACCUUCUACACACUUGAUAUGAAUCGAACUUAUUCGCCUUUUCUAAAAGCUGAUGGUGUUGCACCUGUACGAGAUUAGACUACAGUAUUGCAGCCGACUCUUUUGUAUACAUAAAGUAUUCAAUGCGGAAGUGUUAUUUUCUUUUUAA